AUGGAGCUCGAUCUGGAAGGGCGAUUCUUGAGCGCACUGUGCGACUGCGACGUCUUCACCAGAUGGAUUUGCCAGAAGUGUGUGAGAGCGGAACGAAUUUUCACCAACGAGUAUCAUAGAGAUCGCACGAGCCCCGAGUACUACGAUGAGGACUGGGCUGAGGCUGGGCCGACGAAAGAAAUGAUAGAUCACCAAUUCAGCCGUUGGGUAUGGUCCAUGUCCAGCUUUACUGUCUCUGUGGCUCCACCGUACCACAAGAGAGUAGACCACGGUGCACCUGGUGUCAGCGUCGAAAUCCGCCAGAAGAUGAAUGGGAUCAAGAGUAUCGAGCUAUUGGCUCGAAGAUGCCGUACUUCGAAGAUGUGGGCUGGUCCAGGAUCAUCAAUUCGUCCUUUGCCAAACUUGCUGACUCCUCGGUGGGAUCCUCGCUACCCUCCAUACAUCGGCAAAGGUCAGCCAUAUCCAAAGCUGGCGUACACUGGUCCGAUUUGA